AUGGGGUAUCCAUGCGCAUCACGCACCGAGCUUUGGUCAUUUUUUUCCAUCGGCCCUCACUACAAGGACCGAACUUACUGCGAUGUGGCCCCAAUUGAUGUUAGCCAUCUUAUCCUUGGUCGUCCUUCGCAGUUUGAUCGCAAAAUCUUUCACGAUGGUGCAAAAAACACUUACAGUUUCACUUGGGAGACUCACCGUAUUGUCCUCCUCCUCACCCGAGAGUCACUAGAUCCUGCAGUAACUCCUCCAACGCCGGUGUCUCCUAUACCUCCUCCUUCUGCACCAUUGCUAUGCUCUUUCGCCACCUUCGAGGAGGAACUCCGACUGGAGGGAGUGGCUUUUGCCCUCUUUUCAUCCCCGGUACGUGUGGUGGCUCCACCAGCUACAUCCGUGUAUGAUGACGUGUUACAACAGUUCUUGGAUGUCUUUCCGGACGAGUUACCACCGGGAUUGCCUCCCUUGUGA